CAGCCCCAGAGCAUCACCGAGCCACCACCACGCUUGACUGUGGACAGUCAUUCUUCUUCCUCCAGACAUACCGCUGAUCCAUCGUGCUGAAAAGUUCCAGUUUUGUUUCAUCGCUCCACAGAACAGAAUCACAAAACUUCUGUGGCUUAUUUAUAUGAUUUUGAGCGACUUUUCUUGUGCUUUUGGGUCAGUCGUGGUGUACGUCUUGGAGUUCUGGCAUGAAAACCUUCUGCGUUUAGUACGUGCCUUACUGUGCUCACUGAAACCUCAGUGCCUGUUGCCACUAAGUCUUGCUGCAGGUCUUUUGCAGUCACUCGAGGGUUUUUCACAACCUGCCUUCUCAGAAAUCUGCUUGCAGCCGUAGAUAGCUUCCUUUCUCUGCCCCGUCCAGGUAUUUCAUAAAUUUUCUACCCCUAGCCAGUUCAGGUAUUUCAUGUGCUCCAACUCAAGCACACCUACUGCAACUAACGAAGCCUUUGAUUAGUUGCAUGAGGUGUGCUUGAGACAACACCUGUUUUGCAUAUUUGUACUGUUAUGAGGGAUUCUAUUCAGGGGGUUGAAUCAUUCUGAAACUGGAGAAAUCAUUAUAAGUCGCAUUUUCAGUUGAAUGCGAAGCGUUCGUCGUGUCGAACUAUUUCGAUCGCUUUUGUUUGAUUUGUUCAUCGCAAACAGCUGAAAGUCUGUACAUUUUGACAACAAACCUGAUAUGCAACGGGGGUCGAAUCAUUUCAAUUCGAAGACUUAAUACUCGAUUUGACAUGUAGAUAAUAGUAUGCAGAUUAAAUGUAGUAAAAAAAAAAAAAAAAACCCGGACGAAUAUUGCAGGUACCUCGAAAGAGAGCGUGUGCGGUUUCAGACUGUAGAGGUCCCCACUUCUCCUCACACACUCACACACCUUCACGGCUCUCGCACUGCGCGCGCUCGGGUGUGUAUAUGUGUGUGUGUGUGUGUGUGUGUGUGUUUUAACGGGAACGCACGCGAGGCAGGACGGAGCGGCGCAUCCUCUUCGGAGAGGAGAGAAGCGCAGCGGAACUUUCACGCUUUUACAUCGUUUCGGUUCUUUCUGACGGAGAAGGAUGCUCAGAAGACACUGCGGUGUUUCCCGAAGUCUCGCGCUUGCACAAACUGAGCUCUGAUACGGCUGGUUUUUUUUUUUGUUUUUUUUUUUUUUUUUCCUUUAAAUAUACAUUGAUGAACCGGGCUCGUCCUGUGCGCGCGAUCACAUCAGGUCUUCUACGGGACUCUCGCGAUGUCCGCUACCUUCGGGUCCCUGCUGCUUCUUCUGGUGUUGGGUGUGUUGCAAGCGCGCGGGCAGACGGAGAUGAAGCGAGUGGUGGGCGAUAACGCCACGCUGCCAUGUCACCAUCAGCUUUGGCAUGCGGACACGUCGCUGCUGGACAUCGAGUGGCUGCUGGUGAAACCCAACGCCAAGCAGAAAGCGGUGAUCACCUACUUUGCAGGACGGAUCUACGACCCGAGCGAGGGCGAGGCAGGCAAGUUGACGCUCUCGGGCGAUUAUCUGAAGGGCGAUGCAUCACUGAUGAUCAGCGACCUUUCGCUCACAGACUCUGGCGAGUACAGCUGCAAGGUGAAGAACGGAGGGAAGUACUACUGGAAUACGGUCAACCUCAUCGUCCUCGUUAAGCCGUCGAAGCCUCGCUGCUGGAUGGAGGGACGGCUGUUGGAGGGCAGCGACGUGAAGAUGAGCUGUAAAUCCGCAGACGGCUCCGACCCCAUCCGUUACAAAUGGGAGAGAGUGCUGGACAAGGGUAGAUAUGUGGGGAAACUACCACCUCUCGCUCUCCUGGACCUGAAGAACCCGGAGAUCGUGACUCUGAGAAACUUGAGCCGAGAGAGUGCGGGCGUCUACAAGUGCACCGCCAGCAACGAUGUGGGAGAGGAGAGCUGCACCGUGGAGGUCAAAAUUCACUACGUUCGAGGUAUGGGAGUGAUGGCCGGCGCUGCGGUGGGCGUGUCCUUGGGCGUGCUACUCCUCGUUCUCAUCGUGUGGCUGGUGUUCCGCAAGAAGGACAAGAAGAAGUACGAAGAGGAGGAGACGCCCAAUGAGAUCAGAGAGGACGCUGAAGCUCCCAAGGCCAAGCUGAUGAAACCCAACUCUCUCUCCUCCUCCCGGUCGGGAAGCUCUCGAUCAGGCACCUCCUCCACCCAGUCCAUGGUUCCCAGCGGCGCCCCACGUGGCCACAAGCUUCACCCACCCCCUCCCUCGGCGGGGCCUCGGAAAGACAGCGUCCAGCCUUCGACGUUGCCAGCCAUGCCCCCGGCGUACACGCAGGUCGCCCCGAAACUCCCCGAGCCCCACAGCAGCCCCAAACUAAGCCCGGGCAACCUGGCACGGAUGGGCGCCAUGCCGGUGAUGAUCCCGGCCCAAACCAAGGCAUUCCAGACUGUCUAGAGAUACACAGACAUCAACAUCACACACACACACAUAUCCACACAUAUACCUGUAUACUGAUUUACUUUUUACACGCAUGAGCACUACGGCAGCGACGAUGCAUCCCGGUCUUCUGAAAGCCGAACCCAAAUCCACACACACACACACACACACACACACACACACAAAUUCUGAGCCUGCGAGCCCAAUCAGACUCAAUCCAUCAAGAGAAAUAAAGCAAGCAAAGAAAUAAAAAGGGAAAUAAAGGCUGAAGUCACUUGAAGCGUCCCUAAUCGCUGCGUCAAUAAAACACCACAUAUGGGAAAUAAGAAGCGAUUGCCCUCUUGAUGUGGACAAUAAAAGAAAGUGGUGUUUCACCUUAACACACGCUAUUUGUUUUUCGCCUUGAUGGCAGCGCCGGGGAUUCCGCAUGGCCAGGCGGAACGGUUGAUUUAUUUUUAACAAGGAAGUAGCCGUCGUGAAGGAAUGCCACACUCCAUCCAGCGAAAAGAGACGUUUCUCUUUCUCUGCUCAAACUCAUAACCAGCUAAGCAGCUCUGCUUGUACGCUCGAGGUGUUGGCGUCGAGCGGACAGCUUUUACAGGUAGAAGAGAGGAAAGGACUUGUUCCAAACACCUGCUACUGUUUUCCUUUCCAGUCAUGGUAAUAUGAUUGGCUCUAAACCAGGAAGUGAAACUGAAUCAUCCACAUGGCUGAUUUGUAAAUCUCUAUAUAUAUUAAAAAUGUCAUUAAAAACACGUACAAUGAGGUCCUAAAAAGUCAAAACAGCUCGUCUUUGUGGCUUAAAAACUGCAGAGGCAAUACUAUCAAGCUGUAACUGUUCCAUUUGACCAAAACCUGGUAUAAAGACACAACAUUAAACAGAUUGAUAAGGCGGUUAAGAUUGAUAAAAUUACAUAAUCUGUUAAUAUGCCCCGCCUCCUCCUCUAGUAAGUCAGCAUUGUGAGACGUUAAGGUUCGAAUUAGGGCGGCGUUAGUGUCCAUAACCUUUCUUACCACGUCAUUUAUACGAACGCAGACAAAAUCCAAACACGACGUUCUCGCAUUUCUGAAUUUGUAUGAAUUUGUAUGAAUCAUGAGAUCGCGUCGAGAAAACAUUAUCGCAUGUCCUGGAUUUGCAUACUGGAACCUGAUUGGGUUUUAUACUCGAUCACGCGAUAACUCUGGCCUGUUGUUUUCAAUCGUUUUUGAAAAUGACGUUUUUCAAUUGAUAAUUUGCUACUGAUCGCUAGGGUUAGGGCUUUCACUUUUUACACCCUCAUUAAUUUAUGUCCUGAAUAAUAAAAUAUGGCUUUCUACGGUCAUUUCACUUCCUGGAUUCGCUUUUCUGAACCAUUUUAAUAGCUUACUUCACUAACUGUCCAUUAUCCACUAUAACCAAUAAGGAAUAUGAUAUGAUUGAACCAGUUAUGAAUGUUUUCAUGGUACAUGAUGCAUUUUUAUAUUUACACUCGCUUACUUUUGAUAUAUUUUACCUGUUCAGUACAACAUUUAAUACACCUAAACGGCAAUAACAUAAAGGUUUCUGUACUGCAAGUUCUGUUAGCUAUAAGAAUUAUGACCUUGUUUUAAAAUUAUUUACAAUUUUUUUUUUUUUUUUUUUUUUUGUAGUCAACGAGAAGUUUGUGAAUUCAAAUCUCAGUACUAGAAAAAAAAAAAAAAAACAUUCUAGGGCCCAUGAGCAAGUACCCUUAACGUAUUCUUCUGUCUCUGCUUAAAAUGAAUUAAUUUCAUACAGACUUGACCUAAAUAGGUUGUAAUUUUAUCCCAGACCAGCUCGUUGUGAAAACUAUGUCACGCUUUCUGCUCGGGUCGCUAUAUUUUCGGAUGUUCCACAUUUUUGCAGCUUGGUCUGUUUUUUUUUUUUUGUUUUUUUUUCAAUUAUUUUUAUUUUCCUCGUAUGAUAAACCCGGUUAAAGCCGACCCGCUCUGCGAUGCCACGAUUUAAUAAAACCGAACGCUCGGUGUAAUAUUCUCCCUUCCUCCAGAGACAGUUUAGUUAUUUCCUGCUCUGCUCUUGUAUUUUUGUUGGAUAAAAUAGGUCUGGGAUAAGAGUGAUUGCGAGUGAGUAUUCGUGAACGUCCCUCAGGGGUAGCACAGCGUCCUCAAACAUCACCUCAGUGUAGACUUUUUGGAAUAUAGGCAGCAUUCGUCUCAACUGAUUAACUGGAUAUGAUAUAAUACUGACAGUUGACAUUAUAAGUAAGGACCAAACAAGAGUGGUGAGGUGAAGUGGAGUUACUCUUACUACCCUGAAGUUUUUUUCAAUUUAUACUUGUGGAUCAUCUAUAAAACUCUUCGGACUUAUACUAUAGCAGCUGUAAACAGUCGUUCUCUCAGCAGACCUCUCAUCGGUACCUUCUGACCAAUCAGAAUCCAGAAUUCAAUAGCGCUGUGGUAUAAAAUGGGUUAAUAAAGCAUGAUUUCCCUUUCACCCAGUGUAUUAACCUUUCAAGGGACCCAAUUUUAGUAGCGCAGGUUCGACUGGGUGUCCAGAAAAAGGAUAUCAGUUGAAAUCCCUGGAUUUCCAAAGAGUCAAUGCAGGGCUCUUGAUCCAGGCUCUUUAACUCACAAGCUCUGGGCUCAUUGUGAAUAAAAUUGUCUGCCAAACGAAUGAAUUGUAAAUGAAGCUCUCGUCUGCUUUGUCAUUUCUUUGAUCCUUUUCAAAGUGCAAAGAUUUUGACGACUUUGCACUUCCUCACAUAUCAAAGCUUUUGGAAUGAUCUGAGAUGGAGAACAUCCUCACAGCCAGUAUGAUUCAUUUCCCAUCGUAUCUGCUGAAAUGAACUGUUCCUUUUUCUUUUCUUUUUUUUUCUUUUUUUUUUUUCCUAUCGAAUUUCAAUUCCAAAUUAUUUAUACAGAGCUUUUUGUUUUUUUUAACGACGAUCGUCACAAAGCGGCUUUACAGAAAUGUGGGUCUCGAUUCCAAUAAGUUAUCCUAGUCGAAAACUUUUUUGGAGACGCUUUGAAAGGAACCGAGACUCCGUGCGGAACGGGAAAGCCAUCUCUUUCAGACGUGACGCAAUAUCAAACAUAGACGAUAUCGGUUCUUAAGUGGGUCAGUCAUUUGAGAUCGACACAAGAUGCAAAGCAGUGAAAUGGAUUGGCUGGAAAUAAAGCAGAAGAGUCUGGACCUGUACUUCUUUAUCUUUUUGCUUUGAAGAUGUUCUCAGAGCUUUGGAGAUUAUAUGAGAUGGAGAACACCAUUUCAGCUGGAGGGAUUUUUAUGCAAGCAGGAUCUUCUCAUCGCAAAAUGAAAAAAAAAAAAAAAGGGUUUGAGUUUCC